CUUACUUCUAUAGUAGUGGAGGGCGCUCAUACUUGAACACACACACACAAAUGUUUACAGGCCAUAUUGCCCUUGGGCUUUUCCUCUACUCCCUCUAUCCAUCCCUUCCCCCCGAGAUCCCCCUCGUGGGCUCAGCAUUCAUUGAUCUAAUCAAUGGCAUCUUGCUCUUGUUAUCCGUGGAUCGCAUCUCACCUGCCCCUCACCUCUCCCUCGGCGUGACCCUCGAUUUCAUCGACUAUGAUCAUUCCUUAUUGGCAUGCAUUGCAUGGGGGGCCAUGUAUGCUGUCAUGGUUCGCACGAUGGUGAACAAGGAGCACCGCAACACGGCCGCUUUGCUUGCGUUUGGCGCUGUCGUGUCACAUUGGGUCUUGGAUUACUCUGUGCAUCAAAAGGAUUUGGCAAUGUAUCCCGGGUCGACUCUCAAAUUUGGGACAGAGUUGUGGGAAACACAUCCCUGGAGUGCUUGGUCGAUGGAAGCAGUCUUUUCGCUUGGGUUGUGGGCGGCAACCGCUAAAAACCUCAGGCUGGACAAAAGCAAGUCUCUCAAGAUGGCAUGCGUUUUGGGACUCCUUCAUUUGAAUAUCGUCCCACCACCCGGAGUGAAUCCGAUGCACAUCAUGGUGCACAGAGUGGAUACAAAUUGGUUGCGGCCGAUCGGCGGCAUUGCGAUUUUUUCGAGCUUUUUGAUUGCGACAUUGGGAAUGUCAAAGGUCUUGAGGCAGUGGAGUACGGCUCACAACGUGAAGGAAGCGAUAGCCAAGGCGCGAGUGAAAAAGACUCGCUAGAGAGACAUUUCUUUUUUUAUAGGAUCAAGGUAGACUAUAGUCCAGUAUCCGGGUUUGUGAUUGCAUCAUUCUCGGUACUAUCUGCAUUAGCAAUUUCUUGCUCUAGCAGUCUCUGUCGCAAUUGUCGGGACGCGAAAGAAGCGGUAGCCAAGGCGCGAGUGAAAAAGA